UAAGUGUAACUUCAUUAUCUUCAAACUUAUGUGAGACUGUUUCAAGAAUCAAGUGUUUGUGCUGUAGAUUAGAAUAAGUCAUUUUUUAGUGUAACUACAGACUACAGUACAGUCACUUACAGUGUAACUGACUAACUCACUGUGACUGUUGACAACUGUUGUAAGUGUUACUGUAAGUACUAGAUCUAGAUCUAUUCUAAGUGUUGUGUAGUAGGGCUAGGAGUAGGACUAUUAGUAGUACUACUACUUACUAGUACUAGUAUUAGCUACUGAAUACUAGUAUACUUAGUAGUAUAGUAAAUAACUAUUACUAGUCAAGUGACUAGUCAGACUACAGACUACACUAGUCUAAACUAGAGUUUACUAGAUCUAGUUACUUGUGGGAGUCACAGGAGUGACUCAAUUUUUUAAAGUAAAGCAUGUCACGUGUAAACACAGAAUUGUGUUACCAAAUUGUCAAGGAAUAUUAUGGUGAAAUAGUUGCAAAUGUAGCAUCAUUUCUCAUACGAAGUAAAUCCUCAUCUCUGGGAGUCAUUGUGCAACGAACUUGCUAUGAUUCAAAACAGGUAAAACAAGCUUUGCUGACUCUAAUUAAACAGAACAUAGUAACAUUUUCUCAAACCAAAUCUGGAUCAAUUGAGUACACUGCCAAACCAGAGGCUAUAUUAUGGAUAUUAAGAUUCCCUAACUAUAUUCAUUGUGCCAAAACACUGUUUGGAGAUGCAGCAGAACUUUUGGUUGAAGAACUUUUAUUACAAGGACAGACAGAUCUUGGCUCUGCAGUAGUCAAGACUACAAAUAAAUUAAAUGAAUCAUUGCGCUCUUCUGGAUCAAAUUUGCCAGAGAUUUCCCAAAGUUUAAUAAGAGAUAAGGCAGUAUUGUUGGUGAAGGCAAGGCUUAUACGUAGAUGUGAAGAUGUCAUUUUAGGCAAAAGUGGACAGUUUGGUGUAGCAGUGAGUGAAGUGACUGAACCAGAACAACUGUUUUUAUUACCAACAGCUAUUGAUUUUGAAACUUCUCCUGGAUUAAAGCGUCCUGCAUCAGAUAAUAUGGAAAGCAAAGCUAAGAGAAUUAAAUUAGAAGCUGGAGAGGCGAAUGAACAAGAGGAAAAUAAAGUACACAAAUCUCAAGGACCUGGUUAUUGGCGUGUCAAUGUUUAUCAGUUUCAUCAUCACUUUCGUGAUCAGGUGAUUAUUGCUGCAGUUGCCAAAAAUAUUGACCAGAGAGCAUCAGAAGUGAUGAGGACAAUGUUACGUUUAAGUGAGACAAGAUCUAACCCUCUAUCCUUGGAAAGUGAGCCAUUAUCUUUUACAGAGAUAUCUAAUGCUAUGCCCAAAGAUAAAAUUUUGCAGAAAAAUAUGUUGGACCAAUAUUUAAAAUGUUUAUCUGACAAUUGUUAUAACUUUGUAACCAAAGUUGGAGAAAGUGGUGGAGGCUUGUACCAAAUAAAUAUCUUUAAAGCCAUUAAAGCUAUUUGUGUGUCACACAUAGAGACCAUAGUUCUAGAAAGAUUUGGCUCAAAAGCUCUGCGAAUGUUUCGUGUUCUUCUCACUGACAAACAGGUUGAACAAAAACAGGUAGAGGAACGGGCAAUGCUCCCCCCAAAAGAAGCUAAAGAAUUGUUAUAUAAAAUGUUUGCGGAAAAUUUUAUCACAUUAACUGAAUUGUCAAAAACACCUGACCAUGCACCAACUCGUACAUUUUAUUUUUUUAAUGUCAGUCUGAUUCAAGUGAGCAGAAUGAUUCUGGAAAGAUGUUAUCAGGCUAUAAGUAAUAUGAUGGUUAGAAGACAAAAGUGUUUGUCUGAAAAUAAACGUUUGUUGGAUAAACAAGACAGGGUAGAGGCAAUUAUUGCAUCACUUGAUGCAGAAGGUGCCAUUGAGCAGAAAGAAGAAGUUGAACAAAUGGUUACACCAAGUGAAAAAGCACAGUUAAAAAAAAUUAGUGAUGCAGCCAAAACGCUGGAGCUAUCAGAAAUACAGCUUGACCAAACAAUUUUCAUCUUAGAAACAUAUCUUUCUUAUACAUUACAUCCACCAGAAGUUAAAAAAUGAGAUCAAUAGUAUUUAAAACAAUUGAGUACAAAAGAAUGAUGAAUGAUAAGAGUUAUAUAUUUUAUUCUGAAAGUUGUCCACAAGGCUUAAUAAACAAAUUGAAAUGACUUGUU